UGAACAUGGAAUUCAUCGAGAGCAACGGCGACUUGGAAGAAGCCGACGUUUGUGCGGCGCAGGCCUCCGAGGACGACAGCGACUUGGAGGCUGAUGUAUGUGCGGCGCAAGCCUCUGAAGACGAUGAUCAGGAAAAAUUGAUGGCAGGGGUGCAGUCGCAACCCCAGGACGUGCUGCAAUCGGAAACGACAACCAUGGGGUGGCUCGAAGAACGAGUCGACGAUUUCAGGUGCAAAUGUCCUCGAUGCAUAUAUGCACGGCCCCGAGUGCGCGAGCUCCCUGAUGCAUUCGAGUGCCACAUCAUGAACGGCCGUAAGCGAUGCCGGCUUCGUUUUCCCACCAACGAGUUGCUUGUCGUGCACCAACUUGACGUGCAUGAGACGGUGUUUCCGAUUUGCCCGAAACAGAGGUUGAACAUGCAGAACCACGUCGAAUAUUCCAAGCCCCGCCCUCCUCCCACAGUCUACGUGUUCUUGCAGCGUGACAACCCUCUUAUCAAACCCGACGAGGACCUCGAUGUGUCGGCAGAAAUUGCCCGUGUACGCGUCGUCCACGACCUCGAGCUCGCCACGGUAGUCAAGAAAGUGCAUAGGCGAGGCCUCCAUGGGUUUGUCAAAAUGUCCUUCUAUCAUGAAGAACCAGAGACAGCCAUGUUCGACGUCUUCAUGGAAGCAGCGGAACGAUGGAUGAAAGGCGACAAGUACGAGCGGCUCGCACAGUUCCAGGAGGCUAUGGUAUACUACAAGGCGACCAAGGAAUUACCGGCGCGAACCACACCGUCGCAGUACCCUCUUAUCGGGUAUGGUAGAAAUUGGCUCAAAUCAUAACAACAAUAUGUCGCCGCACUUGUUGCCGUGGCAUGCUGCCGAGAUGCUACCGUUCCAUGACCAACCAAACUAUCUCUUGAAUGUCAUCGCCUUGCGGCGAUGACAUCGUGU